GUGGAAUAGGUGGCAACCCUGGCGCAGCUAUGUUUAGUUUUUCUUCACAUUUAUUGCUGAGAGCGGGGAUUUUCAACUGUAAACAAAUAGAUGGAUCCCCAAACAUCAAAAGUAUGCAAAACGCUCAAUUUCACAAUAGCAAGGCGAACUGCAGAAGCUCCCGUGAAGCUUGUGUCCCAAGAAGUCUCAUUUUCAGAGAAUACUACUUCUUUGGAGCUGAGCAAUUGCUGCCGCUUGUGUUUGGAGGAGCCGCAUCCCAACCAAAUGCUGGACAUGUCCGUCAUCUAUGACCAGGAGGCGGUGCUGAGUUACUACGACUGCUACGAGAUCUGCACCAAGGAGGACCUGCGGCAAAAUCCCAAAAACGAGCCACGAACCUUGUGCAAGCGUUGUGCUGUGGAACUGAAAUGGGCCUACGACUUCCACAAGAAAAUGGCCAUUGCCAACCAGCAGUUGAGAGAGAUAUUUGGGACAACCCAAGCCAACGGGGAUACUGAGCAGGAGGACGACGAGGAGGAUGAGGCGGAUAUGAAUGAGGAGUUCCUUGUGGAGGAUAUUGAGGAGAAGCAGGAAACCCCUGAUAUUGUCGACAACUUAGAAGACAUUGUGCCACGCAAUCGGCAUACGGGAAAAUUCAACUGCAAGUUCUGCCACAAGGAGUUCAGGAACCAUUCCCGCAUGGCCAAGCACCAAUUGAUUCAUUUGUCCAAUCGUCCCAGCUAUCGUUGCAGCCAGUGCGACCGGGCUUACCUCACAAAGCAGGCGCUGAAAGUCCACGUCGAUUCGAAGCACAGGCAGUCUGGAGUCCACUGCGACACAUGUGGCAAGGUUUUUGCCAUUGCCAAAGCCCUGGAGAUUCAUAAACGCUAUCAUAACAGAGAUUUUCCCUAUUCCUGUGAUCUCUGUGAUCGUCGAUUCGCACAGCGAUCCCAUUUGACUGUCCACCAGCAGGUUAAGCACUCUGGAUCGCGUUUCAUUUGCGAGUUUCCCGGCUGCCAGAAGUCCUUUACCUCGUCUUCAUCUCUCAGGAAUCACGAGUGCACUCAUACGGCCAUGCCAUUUGAGUGCGCCCACUGCCAUCAGAGCUAUCCAGCUCGUAACAAAUUACGCAUGCACCUGGAACGUAAGCACAACAUGGUGGUGCAUAUGGAGGACCUGGAGGAAAUGAGAAAGUUUCACAUCGUGCGCUCCAAGUUGGUAAUGGCAAAGGUUUACUCGGACCAGAAAGAAUCGACAGCCAAAAAUUAUAGCUCUGCUGUUUCUAAAUAAACAGUAUUUAAGACUAUUACCAAAAUAAUAGAUUAAUCUUUAAAAUCCGUAAAAUUGCCUUACAAAUAUCACAUUCAAUUUAUUUCACACUUUCCUUUGGUUAUCUUACACGGACAGG